AGCAGCUUUGAAGGAAUUGGUACAUCAGGUCCAAAUCUCACUGGGAUUUCCUUUUUCAGAAGAAAAAAAAUGGAUUUUCAGAAAUUAUUUUACAUUCUAUUGAUCAUCCUUAUGACUUUGUUUCUUGCAAAUGGACAGAGACCAGCAAACCUUGGUCAACGCAGAAGGAUACACAGGCACAACUGUUUCCUGAAAAGAUGCAUGCCUCUUCAUUCAAGAGUGCCCUUUCCCUGAGGUCAUUUACAACAACUGAAGAAGAUGGAAAUGGAAA